UGUCUGCCUUUUGGCAGUAGUAGUAGGUAGCAUUCGGCGUAGUUCAGCAGCUGUAAUAGGAAACCAGAAAGAGACUCGAAAAUUUGUGAACAAAAUUCCACCCAGUGACAUGUCCGAACUGCAAGCAUCGCUACUGCUCAAUCGACAGCUCGCCGAGCUGCAACUCAAUCCGGUCGAGGGCUUCUCCGCCGGCCUGGUCAGCGACACUGACAUCUUCAAGUGGGAGGUGGUGAUCAUCGGCCCACCCGACACCCUCUACGAGGGCGGGUGCUUCAAGGCCCACCUCAUCUUCCCCAAGGAGUACCCGUUACGUCCGCCGCGCAUGAAGUUCAUAACGGAGAUCUGGCAUCCGAAUAUUGACAAAUCCGGCGACGUCUGCAUCUCGAUCCUCCACGAGCCGGGGGAUGACAAAUGGGGCUACGAGAAGGCAGAGGAGCGCUGGCUGCCGGUUCAUACCGUAGAGACGAUCCUCCUUUCGGUGAUCUCGAUGCUGACCGAUCCCAACGAUGAGUCGGCUGCCAACGUAGACGCGGCCAAGGAGUGGCGCGAGGAUUUCAAGGAGUUCAAGCGUAAGGUUACACGCUGCGUUCGCCGCAGCCAGGAAGAGAUCUAGGAUUCUAGAUGGAUGGGAUGGCAGUGCCAACGAUCGACAGCGGUCUACAUGCUAAUCACGUUAAUAAAAUGAGCGCCUAAUUUAUA